UAAACAGACCACACAGAUUGUAUAUGUACUGUACAUACUGGAUGCAUGUAUCUUUCUCACUCUUUUCAUAGUGCAAGGUUUAUUAGGUGUAUACUCAUUGAUACCAAAUCUGAUCAUGUGACCUGAUGUCAUAAGUCAGAAAUCUGUAACCCAUGAAGUGUGUGCAGGAGUAGGUGUGUGUAAGAGAGGGAGUGAGUGAGUGAUGGAGACAAACCUGCGGAAAACACAGUCUUUGAGAAGUGUCACCACUGAGCAUGCUCUGUCCUGGACGGAGGCGGGGCUUAAAGACAAGAGGAAGUCCGUCUCGCAGCUUGUGGCACAAUAUCAGAAUGCAGUUACCGGAAAAUCGAAAGCAGCGAAUUCAGUGGAAAACAAGCACAAGGUGCAAAAACCACUGCAGACGCUCCAGUUUGCUGCCGUCCCCAUCACAGAUACGGAGUCUAAACUAACUAAAGAGAGAACAUAUGCUUGGACCGACCGUAACACCAACACUGAUCUCACACGCAGCAAGUCCAUGGAGAUUCUUCCACACCAAAGAACCGUAAGCACGAGCGCUCUCAGGGAACUCUUUGAGUUGAAGGGUGCCAUGCAGCCCAAGAGCGUUCACAAACCAAAGAAGCCACAAAGCAUUCGAGUCACGGACAACAGCAGGCUCAAUCAUAAAAGCACAGAGGACCUGCUGGUGUUUAUAGAAGAUUACCCUGCUCACGACAACGAGAAAUUAGUUGAACCACUAAAAGAGAAAGAAGACAAUGUGACCCCAAAGGUUGUGAGAGCUCCCCGAGCAGAAAGAAGAAAAACCGAUAGAGUGGUAUAUCCUGAAAGAAGUGUUUCUCAAACAGAUGAUAAACGGAAAUCAGUUGCAGACUUCAGAAGCAGCUCCACUUUGUAUGGACGGGAGAAGUUCCCUAUUUCUGUCAAAGCCAUCUCUGCACUAUAUCUGUCUAAAGUGGCAGCUGCAGACCCAGCAGGGACCCUUUUAAAAACAAAACAAGAUUGUACAUCUCCAACCACACCCAAAAAUUUCAAAUUUCAGCUGGUGACUCAGGACAGGUGCAUUGCAUGCCAAAAACCAGUUUACUCCAUGGAGAAAAUAGCAGCCGAUAAACAUGUUUUCCACAAAAGCUGCUUCUGCUGCAAACACUGCAAUCAGAAACUCAGUCUGCGUAACUACACCGUCCUCUACGGGGAAUUCUACUGCAUGUUUCACUACCAGCAGCUCUUCAGGAAGAACGGCAACUACGAUGAAGGCUUCGGCCACGAGCAGCACAAGAAACGCUGGGAAAGCACAGCGAACAACACCGACCUCUUAUAA